UUUAACUUGGCAAGCUUUUGGUUAUUUCUGGGUCCAGCGGAGCCCCGUUCCCGGUCCUGCCAUGGGCUUUAAAGGAGAGUCAUUUUCAAAGCGGAGGGCACCGGGACACGUGUGGCUCUGGCCCCUGACUGCCUUGACCGAGCUCUCCGCUGCCCCAGGGAACUCGGGAGAGAGGGGAGAGCCGAGGGUCUUCUCCUGUAACCUGUAAGUCCUGCACCCCCACUUCCUACCCCUCCCCCCGGCCGCCUUUAUGACCCCCUGGCCCCAGGGGCAGCAGCGAGGGGAUGGCUCGUCGUACUCGCGGCAUCGAAGAUCAAGAUGAAUUGCACUGUCAGGAUACAGAUUCAGAUGUGCAGGAACAGAGGGAAAAUAAAUGCAAAGUCAAGUGGACUCAUCAAGAGGAUGAGCAGCUGAAGGCACUCGUGAGGCAGUAUGGGCAACAGGACUGGAAGUUUCUUGCAAGCCACUUUCCUAAUCGGAGUGAUCAGCAGUGCCAGUACCGGUGGCUGAGGGUUUUGAAUCCAGACCUUGUCAAGGGACCAUGGACAAAAGAAGAAGACCAGAAGGUCAUUGAACUGGUUAAGAAAUAUGGCACCAAACAAUGGACGUUGAUUGCCAAGCAUCUGAAAGGGCGCCUGGGGAAGCAGUGCAGAGAGCGCUGGCACAAUCACCUGAACCCGGAGGUGAAGAAGUCGUGCUGGACAGAGGAGGAGGACCGAAUCAUCUGCGAGGCUCAUAAGGUCCUGGGCAACCGCUGGGCUGAGAUUGCCAAACUCCUCCCAGGAAGGACUGACAAUGCAGUGAAGAACCACUGGAACUCCACCAUCAAACGGAAAGUGGACACUGGGGGCUUCCUGAGUGAGACAAAGGACCCAAAAUCUGUGUACUUACUGGUGGAACUGGAAGAUAGAGAGGGUCAGAGCAUCCUGUCAACUGAGAGCCAGAACCUUACUACUGAUUGGUCCACUGGGGUCAUGGAAGUGAAAGAAGAAGUCAGUGAAGAGGAGGUAGCCGCCACAUCAGGGGUUAAGGCCCCAGCCACCUCCCAGGAGCAGCAGGAGGGGUCUCAUGAGGAGCAACCCAAAGACUUGAUCCCUGACCUAGUGGAGGAGACUCCCAAGGAAUUGAAAUCUGAGGAUUCUUCCCUUGAAGUUGGCUCUCCGUAUAAGUGGGUGGUGGAGGCUGCCAAUUUCUUGUGUCCAGCUACGAUGCCAAACUUGUCGGAUGCCCUGGAUCUAAUAGAAUCGGAUCCCGACGGAUGGUGCGACCUGAGUAACUUUGACCUUCCUGAGGAGUUAUCUAAUGGUGGUGGGAACAGCAGCAGCAGCAGCAACAGCAGCAGUCCCAUUAAGCAGACCUUAAGCAAGCCGGCAGUCUCUGCCCACAGUAUGACAGAGUACCGCCUGGACGGGCACACUAUCUCCGACCUGAGCAAAGGCAGCCGUGGGGAGCUGAUCCCCAUCUCGCCCAACACGGAAGUCAACUUUAGCACCCCCCCAUCCAUCCUCAAGCGGCAGAAGAAGAGAAGGGUCACUCUGUCCCCUGUCACGGAGAACAGUCCCAAUGCCAGCUACUCCUUUGUGGAUUCCUGUAAUAGCCUCACCCCCAAAAGCACCCCAGUGAAGACCCUGCCCUUCUCCCCUUCCCAGUUUUUAAACUUCUGGACCAAACAGGACAAUUUGGAGCUCGAGAGCCCUUCGCUGACAUCUACACCUGUGUGUAGCCAGAAGGUCAUCGUCACGACUCCGUUGCACCGGGACAAGACCCCGCUGCACCAGAAAAGCAAUGCCUUCGUUACCCCGGAUCAGAAAUACUCGAUGGACAACACUCCCCACACACCCACCCCUUUCAAGAAUGCUCUGGAGAAAUAUGGACCACUAAAACCUCUGCCCCAGACCCCGCACCUGGAAGAGGACCUGAAGGAAGUUCUUCGGACCGAAGCGGGCAUUGAACUCAUCAUCGAAGAUGACAUAAAGCCUGAGAAGCAAAAGAGGAAACAAGGACUACAUCGGAGUCCAAUUAAGAAAGUCCGAAAAUCUCUUGCCCUGGACAUAAUGGAUGAAGAUCUGAAGCUUGUGGUUUCCUCUCUGCCAAAGACUGUGUGUAUUAAAAGAAACCAGCCAACAAGCUUCUUGUCUAGCUCCCUCAAUCUGACCUCCUCGAGCAGCAAAGAGGACAAUAGUCUACUCAACCGAGGGUUUCUACAGACAAAGCCAGAGAAGGCUUCGAUCCCAAAGUCACUGAGCCACUUCCAGGGCCCUGCCCCAAUGUCCAGUGCUUGGAAAGUCGUGGCUUGUGGUGGAACCAAAGACCAGCUUUUUAUGCAGGAAAAAGCCCGGCAGAUCUUGGGCACCCUAAAGCAGAGUCACACUUCUCGGACACUAAUUUUGUCAUGAAAAAUACGGAAUUUUGACGUUGUAGGUGUUUUUUCCUUUUUUGACUUUUCUUAGGGGCAUAAAGACAGCUGUCUUUGUGAUGUGUUCCUUGGCUCAGGUAGCUCCUAAGGGUAUGAGUUUGAAAACUUAUUUUUUUCAAAAUAACUUAUUAAAAAAGUCAAGGGGCUUAAUUUAAGUGUUUUGUGGUGCAAGAUGGAAGACUGCUGUUUAAGAUGCUUUCGUGGUGGCUGCAUAGAGAAAAGAAGCAUGAUUUUGGACAUAUCCUGGGAGGGAAAUGAACACCAGGCUCUUUCCUUAACUGAAGAACUCUGCCUUAGCUCUGGAUUUUCCCUUCCCCUUCCAUGGAAAUGUACCAGGUGCUUUUAAGAAUCUACGAGACUUUAUUUUCCUGCAUUGAUAGCAGGAAAAUUUGGGGGGGGGUUCCUGGUUGUAUAUUCUCAACAUGAUCUUGACCUCCUCUUGAGGACACUGAAAAGGAGGAUCUUCAGGGAGUCCCUAUUUAACUUGGACGUCAGUUCAGCUGAGACAAAGUGGUAUCUAAGGGGCUGUAGAGAGUGGUAUUCAGUAUCUCUUAGCAGCUCCUUUUCCCUUAUGUUGCAUUUAACAUUAUUAUUAAUUAUUAAUUUUUAAAGAAAUAAAAGCUCCCUGAAGCUUCAGUCUUCUUAGCUUCUGAAGGCUUCUCUCUUCUCAAUUCUUCCUUCCUUCCUUCCUUCCUCUUUCUUUUUCUCUUUUUCUUUCCCUCUUUCCUCUCUUCCCUCCCCUUCCUCCCCUUGGCUUUACUCUUUUUGUCAAGGAUAGUCAUUCUCUACCAGGCUCGGUUAACUGUGGUGGUAUGACUUUUUUGAUUCUUCUGUUUCCUUGGUGCUUUCUCAUAUCCUUCUUCUCCUACCUUCUGAUAGUAUUUCAGUUCCUUGUCCCUCUUUAUAACAACUGUAGAAGCUUCCUAAACUGGUCUCCUUCCCUGUUUCUGGUUUUUCUUUAUCCUUUGCAUCCUGCCGGUGAGGUCGAAGAGAUCUUCCUCACUUUAGUUGUGAACUUGUUGUCUUCCUGCUUAGAACCCCCAGUAGUUUCCUGUGGCCUGUGAGUUCAGGUCCAAGCCCCUUAGCUUGGCAUUCAAGUUCUCUGCAGUUCUAUCCCAACUUUACCUCCUGCUUCAUACAUACAUUUAUUUAAAAAAAAAAACAAAACAAUUUUAUCAAUGACUUUUGCUUUCAUGUUACCAACCUUUCCCUUUGUAUCCUUCCCUGUCCUCCCCAUAGAGCCAUCCUUAGAACAAAGAUUAAUUUUUUUUUUUUAAAGAAAAAAAUCUCCAAAAACUUGGAACAUCUAUGCAGUGCUCAUACCCACAGGCCUCUCACCUCUAGAAAGGAGUUGGGAGAAAUGACUUUUAUUUCUUUCUUGGGGGCUGAGUUGGUUCUUUGUAAAUUCAUGCCAUUCACUUCUAUUUUGUGGUUAUUCUUGGCAUUUUCAGUGUCAUUUUGGCUUUUCUCAGCCCUGCUUACUUCACUUUGCAUCAGUUCAUUGAAGUCUUUCCUGCAUUCUUACAUUUCAUUUGGUUCGCUCAAACAUUCUGACAGUUACCUACAAAGUGUUGUGUUAGGAGAUGGUGGAGGUAUAAAGAAGAGUAACCUGGGUCCUGCACUCACAGAACUUAAAGAGUUUAAUGAAAGAUAGAACAUGGAUGCAAAUAACUAGGGGAUGCAGGAUAAUACAGUGGAAAGAGUAUCAAUUUUAUAGUCCAAGGACAUGAAUUCAAAUUCUGGCCUAUGACAUAGGUGACGUUGGGCAAGUCAUGUCACUUCUUUGUACCUCAAUUGCCUGGUUUGUAAAAUGAGGAAUUUGGACUAGAUGGUGUCUAAGGUCCCUUUCGGCUCUUCAUUCUGGGGUCCUAUGCUCUGUCAUCAGGAUUAGAACUAUGACAAAUGGACAAGAAGAAUUCAGAGUACUGUCUGACUGAGAGCAUCAGGGAAGGUCUUUCUCCAAUUAGGCUGGUCUGAUAUUUCUUAUGAUACUUGGCUCCCUCUUCACAGAGAGAGGAAACUUGCAGUGGGGUGGGGAAGAAACCUGGGUUCAGAAUCAGAAGCCUUGGAUGUGAGGCCUUUCCCAGUUGUUUUCAAUAUUUGUGCACCCCGCCCUCCCCAAAUGACUUGGUAUUUAUUUUGUAUAUAUUUUGCUUAUCUGUGCACACGUUGUUUCCUGUAGUGAAUUGUAAGCUCCUUGAGGGCAAGGAUUUGUUGUUUGUUGUUGUUUUUUUUUGUUUGUUUGUGUGUUUUUUGCUUUGUGACCUUAGCAGGGUGCAGGGCACAUGAUUGGUUUUGAAUUUGUGCUUGUGAUGAAUGAAAAUAAAGGAAGAAAAGAUCAAGGGAAAAGGUCUUUAUUAAGAAAAAAAUAAUCUUCACUCUGACAAGUUCCUGCUCUCCCCUUCUGCUCAAAGUCCAAUCAAAAGGUCCCUCCCUAACCUGGGAUUGAUUCAUUUAUAGACCAGUCCUGCACCAGGGCCUAAGGGGAAGGGAACCCUGGGAGGUGCAGGGAAUGCUGGGAGGUGUAGUUCCCCAGCAUAUGGAUUUUUCAGAACACAUGCUUUAUUGCUUUUGUGACCCUGCUUGUGCCUUGCCCCUUCUGGACCCCAUCAAGGAAAUCAGAAGAAUACUGGUAUUAUCUACUUCUCAGGGUGUUGAUUAAGGAUUCCCUUUGUAAACUUUAGAAAUGAGAUUGCUAUUAUUAUCAUCCACAUCCUACCCAUUUGUCAAUAAAUAAUAGCAUUUAUGUAGUGCCUUAAGGUUUUGCCACAAAGUACUUUAUGAAUGUUAUCUUCUUUGUCCUGGACAACCACCCUAAGAGGGAAGUCCUAUUAUUUUCCCUCCUUUAUCCAUGAGGAAACUGGGACAGAUGACAGGUUAAAUGACUUGCCCAGAGUAUGUCUUGGGUAGGAUUUAAACUUGCUCUCUUUCCCAAUUCAACUCCCAUGUUGUAGGCACUAAACCACAUGAUUUUGUCAAGCCAAGUCCAUCAUCCUUUAUGAACCCUUCCUGUAUCCUGCUGGCUCAGGGGAAGCUUUUCCUUGGAACUCCCACGGUCGGUCCUUGCCGUCUUAGAUAUUUUUAUUGCUUAGAUGCGGCCUUCUAUGUAGCAGUGUGAUAAAGUGUCUAGAACCCUGGAUCUGAAUGGCAGCUCCGUGUUAUUGCAGACAAGCUGCACGACCUGUCCUGUGGCCUGAGAAUCACACCACUCGAACUACCUACCUCCCAGGCUUAGGAGAAGCCUGGCAAACCUCAGAAGUGCUGGGAGCAAUAGCAGGAACAGCAGCAUUCUGACUUGUGCACAUACUCCAGCUCCUCAACUGAGACUGUUCUGUGCUGCUCCUCUUGCCUAGGCCCCUUCCCCUGGACCUAACCUUAUCUGGUGGUUAAUAAAUGUUGAUUGAUACUUCAUCAGUCAUUCUGCCAAUGCGUGGUCUCUCACACAUAAGUGCUGCCCUGGCAACUGCCUUUGGUUCCCUUUGCCUUACAGAUACUGCUCCCUGCGCUCUUCCUCCUAAUUUUUUUUUUAAAGGACACUCACUGCCUUGGAAUCCACAUUUUACCUGUCUUGUUUUAGUGGUUUUCCGUUUGUUCUUUAAGGCAUAAAACAGAUUAUCUUGGAUCUUUACUAUUGUAUUGAGGGCUUUUAAUAAAAAGACACGUUUCAUCAGGGCCACUGUUGUGGUCAGAGGAGUUUUAUCAACCCAUUAAAAACCUUGUCACCCCAUAAAGUGGAGAACUUUUAGGAUUGGCUUCCUUCGUUAGCAGGCUCCCUGGUAUACACAGAGACAGUCAUGUGGGUGUUUUUUCCCCCUCAUUGUGUCUAGAAGAAUUUAUUAGUUUAAAAAGAUUGUGAAGAGUGGAUAUGAAUUUGAUAGCUUUUUGAAAUAAACUGAGGGGAAGCCCCAGUCUCUGUCCCCAGGGUCAGUGCUAAGUCUGUGUUGGUACAGGGGUUGCAAUGAUAGAUACUGUGGUUUCUUCCCUACCUCACUGGGUUGUUGUGAGGAUAAGAUGUGAACCUGUUUUCAAAAUAAAGCACCUUGUGAAUUAA